AUGGCGAGGACGAAACGACUGACCGAGGACCGUGACGACUCGAGGGACAACCGUAGAUCGAAGACUCCCAGACUUUCAGCCUCGGAAGAAGCCAACGACGAUGGUGAUGAGACCGAAAGUGACGAGGAAACAGAUGUGAACGAGCAUGUGACGGGAAUUGGGAUUUUGAGCAGAUUCCGUGGGCUCCUCCACAAGAUUUCUUCUGAGCUAGAUGAUGACAGCGACCCAUCACUCGCUCACGUCAAAAGUGAUUGUUCCAGCAUACAACGCUGGGUCAAUGAGCGGAAGAUAUUGUUUGUCGGACCAAAUGGAGUGGGAAAGAGCUGGAUUAUCAACAUUUUGUUGCUCCUAACGACGGAGCUUCCAAGUACAUAUCGGAAGGUCAACGAAGGAAAAAAACCAGUCAAGACAGCAAAGGGCACAUUAGAUCCUUUGAUGCAAGAUGGAUAUAGCUUUCUUCCUCCUGUCAUCAUUCCUGAGUCAACUCCAUCGAGGCAUAAAGCCGGAUCAGAGAUGUUCAAGGCCCUUGCUGAAUACUGUGUAAACCCGAGUUGGAACGCCUCAUGCUGUGAGUAUAUCUUGCCGAGUAAGGAGAGAGGAACAGCCACCACGCCUUGCUUGAUUUCAGUGGUCUACAGCCCAGUGUUCUGUCUGGUGAUUACUUUCGAAAAGGAAGAGAAGCUACGAGAGAAGGCUUUCCAAUGGGUCCUAGCAAACCAACAAGUUCUGGAUGGAGAACGAGAUCGCAAGGAUUUGAAUGGUCCCGAUUAUCGAUGGAAGCACGAAUACUUCAAACAAUUAGUGAGUGAAAGUCAGCAAUUUGAAGAAGGCGACGCAAGGUUCAAAGACAUUAAAGACCAGAAUGCUCUUCAGCUCAAAAAGAUUGUCAGUUCGAGAGCUGGAAAAAUUCAAAUCUACACAGGGUCAGGGGACACCAAUGCCGUCCGAUCCAAUGAAAUGCAGAAAGCCAUCAACGAGCAUGAGAUUGUGAUCGUGGUAUCCAACAGGGCACUCGACAGCAGCAAGGAAAUCUGGACUGAGGUGAAGAACUCAAAUUUCUUCUCGAACUGUUUCAAAUAUCCCCAUGAAUAUCAUCUCAUCGUUCUACACUACAACGAAAGGCAACAAAACAGGAAUGAUCUUGAGAGAACGCUUGAAGGAGACUUUCAUGUCGAGGAUAAAAACAAAGAAAAUAUGAGGACAAGAAGCAGGGAGCAUAUACUUGAAGCUUUCAGGAAACUCGACAGGUCAGGGCCAGAAUCUGAUAUAAACGAAGAGUGCUUCACUAUUCUGAAUAUUUCCCCAACUUUAUUCGCUUCGAUGGAAUUGAAUGCAUCUUUUCGUUUGGAAAAAAAGGCAGAAUUGGAUAGACUGGUUCAGUUCACCGAAUGUGGUGAACUCUUUGGAAUCUUGAACUGUGCCAAUUCUGCAUCUUUGAGACAAGGCAAAAAGAUCAUUUCAGACGCAUUGGAGGAAUUGGAAAGAUGUUUCAUGAAUCAAGUCAGAGGCAAGUGGGAAACAUUUCCUAUUGAUGACUUCAAGAAACGAACCAGGGGUUUCUUGUCUAUGAUAAGAACGCAAAAUACAGUACAAAUGGACAAAUUCCUGAACUUUGUAUCAGAUUGUAUUCAGGACCUGACAAAAAGAAUUGAGAAACUUGUGGAAAGGUUUUUGAUCACCAACAAGAAUUUUCUGGACAGAUGCUCUAGAAGAUCGAAAGAACAAUGGAGAGAUUACCCUUCACAAAAGCUGAGCCAGACUAUCGAAAUAAUGAAUAUAGAUUCUGCUUUCCGGGACCGAACUCUACAAAGGAGAAUGCAAAAGCUUGUACUAGGGCCUCUGCGCAAGAAGAGUAUUGAAUUCGAUCCCAUGAUACGUAAUGUUGAUGAGGCUCUAUUGGAAUUGAAUGGAAAAGUCGUGAAGGAGAUCCGUUCAUUCAUUACAAUAUGUUACGAGCAGUUCAGCAAUGAUUCUUUAUUCAAAGACAUGUUGAAUGAAUACUGCAAGUUGGUCUCAUUUAAUUUGAAUGAUAGGUCAAAGAGGUUUUUCUGCUUCGGGCGAAAAUCCUUACACAUCAAUCAGCUUGUACUUGACGGGACAAUAUCUUGGAAAGCUCAAGAAUCAAGUUUGAAAAAGAUGAUGAAGGAGUGGUUUCAGGACAAUGCAAAAGACGCUCGAAGUCGGAAUCAGAAGUUGUUACCUCCGAGGACACCUGGUCAGGCUAUCAAUGAUUUUGAAGAAUAUAUCGACAAAUUUUUUCAAUAUUUUGCCUCUGAAUUGCAGGCUAAGGUGAUCAAACAAAUCACCUACCAGAAGGAGCAAUUGAAAAAGCAUUGGGUCGCUUUUGGAAUUCCCAAACACAAGAAACCCACUCCAAAACAGAAUCAAUCGCUUCAAUAUGCACUGUUUGCAUUUCCUCAAUGGCUUGAGGAAAACUGUGAGCCGGAAAUGAUCAAAAAGGUGGGUAUUUCAGGAUCAACGACCUCGCAGCUGAGCAACUAUCGAAAGAGCUUAAAAGAAAUCUUUCCUUCAGACGACAUUCAACAGAUCAAAGAGAAGCUGAAGCAUGAAACGCUGGAGCAGAUUGCAAGAGAUCGAGUUCUUCGGGUGCUUGAUAUGCACUUUGAUGAUCGUGAGGGGCCGAUUGUCAAUAUCCCUUUGAGACCUGCUCACGAUGCUGUUCUCAACAUCGAUCAGUUUUCUUCAUCACUUUUCUUCUCGGUCGAUCCUCUUGAGGUAACGCAAAUGAAGCAAUCAUUGAGCGAUCGUGCAUACAAAUUGUGGCCAGAUGAUGGUGAUGGAGACGAAGAUGAAAACAAGCAAAGUCUUUUCCUGUCCGUCGCUCAUCAGCUCUGGGGAGGGUCCAAGAAGAAGAUCGUCGAAGCUCAUGCCUACCAGCUUCGUCAGGCAGUAUGUCUGACCAUUUCAGAGCAGAAUGCAACACAUGAACUCAGAGCUCGUUUCAUAGAUCGAUACAGGGAUGUCAUCCCGUCGUCAUUCAGCGAUUGGCACAACUGUUGGAAAGAGUAUGUCGAGCUGCAGGCUAACUUAUCCAGGACCGGCGACAUGCUGUGCCUGCGUGUGAUCUUUGAUUGCGUUCUCCACAUCCAAGUCAACGUUCUCGUGUGGUGUCCGGGAGAUUCUCCCUUUUGCUUGCGUUCAACGGAAGCACAUCAAUCCGCCUAUCAGCUUGCAGUGAUUGGCGUAGACGAUGCUGAUGAUUCCAACAGUCAGUUUGUGUUUCGUUCCGUAGUCAAGCUGGAAGAUGCAGCGCUCGAGCCUGAAAGAGGUUUGAGACAUGUCUUACAGCCUUCUGACCAGGACAAGCUGGUUUUGAUGAUUGGUACCUCCUUGGCCAUGAAUCUGUCUCUUCAUCAGAAGCUUUUUGAUCACCUGGAGAAAUAUCACGGGCAACAAGUUUCUCCAUGCGUUCCACGUUCUGUUCGAAAAGCUCUUCGCUCGAUUUCAAAUAAUAGCAGGGAUUCAAAUCGAAACAAAGCAAAAACAGCGCUGAAGCACAUAGAGACUAUCCUCGACAAGUCGUCAUUUUGGUUGCUGGGACUCGAAGAGCGGUACGAACAGGAGCUGAACAUGCGUUAUGCGCUCGCCAAUGUCAACAAGAGGCCGAAGCAUCUAUUGAAGUUGUUGAGGUCACGGGGUAACAAAGUCAUUCUCGUUGCAGAAAGCAAAGAUCCGCUGCACGCUCAGUGCAAGGACGAACGACUUCCUGUGUUAGAACCUUUCGACAAAACUGGUACGGGACUCUUUCAGAUCAUGAAAAAAUCUGGGGGGACUGGAAAUCCUCAACUGAGUUUCACAUCUGCUCUGCUGGAGCAAGCAACAGCGAAGUGA